GCAAGAGGUGUUCACGACCACCCGUCGCCGUACGGCACGGAGCAUACCUACAUCGCGGACUGCGCCCUGGGAAUCGCCUAAAUAAGAUCAUACAGAUGCAGAUGCAGGAUAACCUGGCCUUGGCUACAGACUUGUACGCCACUUUCUACGGGAUAGACGCUCAAGCCGUCGACACUGUACCUCUGGGACUCAUUCGACCGUUCAUAGCGUUGUUACGAGCUCCAGGAGGGACCACAGCCAGCACACUUUUCGCUACUCCCAAACCGAGGUUGAAAUCGGGAUCGGGCGGGAAUAUUGUGGAUCAGGUGGCCUCCAGCUCGUCUUCGAGGGCUACAGCUUUAGCUUCGGCUUCGGCUUCGGCUUCGGCUUCAAUCUCGACUUUUCGAUCGGGCGACGAAGGAUUGGAGGAUUCGGAGUUAUGGGUCAACUGUAAAGUUUGCGACCCCUUGUCAUCCGGAUUUCCUGUGACUAUACCUCAUCCGGUCCGUCAUGUGGGACAGUUCCCUCUGGUCAUGCUGGAGCAUUUGCAAGAUGAAGGUCACCAGGCACGCAGCCGAGGUGAUCAGGAGAUGGUAGUAGAUGAUCGCUCCGCUAGCCCUACGACCAUUAUCGUGGAACCCGCCUUUGCCAGUGGCAGUCCCAUGAACGGUUCCGUCAUUGACCUCAGGACUCCUGAGCCGGAAGACAUGCCAAAUAUUCGAGAGCAUUCAAUCGACCUCAGGACUCCCCGGCCGAAAGACGUGCCCAGUGUCCAAGAACAUUCGGUCGCUGGCGGCAAACGCAAGCGGGAGUCCAUGAGUCCCGAGAUUCGCAUAAUCCGACACAGGCAAAUUCCGGAUGAUGAUGAUGAACGCUACGUUCGUGCGUCUUCGCUUGCAUCGGACGGAUCGCCGCCACCGGCACGACCUGUAUUUCCCGAUGAGAUCAUCCGGAAUAUCGACGUUCCUGGUCCUUCAACUCGACCACUCGCCAUCGAUGACGCGCAAGAUGAGUGGAUGGACCUCCUUGCUCUUGACGGCGACCGGCGAGAUGUUAGGUUUGACGGGUCUGGCCAACCGAUACCGGAAUUCGAACAUCUACGCCUGGAAGCUAUUGCGCGUGCCCGUGCGGGGAUUCAAGAGACUGACGGGUUUGCCUCGAUCGCCCCUCCUGAAGUAGAUGCCGAAACAGUUGAUCAGCCGCCAACUGAUGAGCCGCCCGAGCUUGCAACACCUUUCGACACGAGAUCCGACGAUGACGCAGACGUCUUGAUCCGGAAACACGCCCACAUCACUACAAUGUCCGAAUCACUUGCACUCUUAGGUCUGCAAGGGCGCAAUCGGACCUUGGCCGGUGUCAAGACGCCAUUACGUGACUCGCAGGUCGUAGCGAUCGCCAAUAUGAGGCAUUAUAUGAGACAUCCUGCAAACCCUCCAAAGGCCGGCUUUUUCCUCUGCGAUGCCCCACGCACUGGCAAGACGCUUGUCGCUUUGACGUCGCUCCUUGACAUUGGCAACGAGCUUGCUAGUGGCUUGUCGCCUACCCUGAUACUCUGUUCAUACGGAAACAACUGGGAAAGUUGUGUCUGCACUUGCCACAGCUUAAACAAUAUUACCAAUGGAUCUUCACUCCCAACGACUGGUUCGAAUACGAAGAACUGCGGAAGUCCGGGGACCGAACUGCGAUGAUUCUUCUUAUGCGGAAAGGCAGCUCAGGCCGAAUACUAAACGGGAAGUAGACAUCGCUGCCUUAAAACCUCACCGGGUCAUCAUCGAUGAAGUGCAGAAUGUGCGCUUUUCGCCAUAUACCAAGGCCGCUGGAACGAUCACCGCUAUGUGUGACCAGGCGACCGAGGUCAUCGUCCUGUCAGCAACACCGCUCAGGGAUACGGUGAGGGAUUUGUAUGGGCCCGUUCGCAUGGUAGGAGCGACAGUAGAGACGUAC